AUGAGAGCGAUUCCGGUUCCAAGAAAGUCCAGAGCUCGGUUCUUGCGACGCAAAGCAGGACGCUUAUAUCAGGUCAUGUCAUUUCGCAAAGUUAGACGCAAGUUCAAUCUACACCAGAUACAUCAACUUCAUCGAAAGAAUGCCAAAAAGUUUCGACGAAAACCUUUCGAUGCCGGAAAAUUGAUGACACCAAUUGUGGCAGGUGAUGGUGUGAACUUGUGGUCUGGAAUAGAGUCCCCAGCAGCUAAAAGCAAGCCACUGCUCAUUGCAUCAUUCCCAAAUGGAUAUAAUAGGUCACCACGAGUAAAGGUGUUGCAGAAAAAUAGACUCUCGAAAUUAUGGAUCAGUCGCAGGCGGUACCGUUUGCGUAAAUACAACCCAGGAUUGCAAAAGUCUCAAAUCCCAGGAGCUGAGGUAGGCUAUGAGGAUUGUGUACGUAGCUGUCGUACUAUUAAGAGACAAGCUUCGAAAUAUGCAGACGUCAAAUUCAUCUUCGAAAGGCAGAAUGUAAUGAGGACUGUGUGCAUUCCCAAUGGCCAUUUACCGGACCAGAACCCACGGCUGCUAGAGUUUCAUCCAGAUCACAGCAUCAGAUUAGAAGAUUUUCCGUCUUUGCAGCGACCUGAGAACAACGCUGAAGGACCCGUUGUGAUAAGCAUGGAUGCAGGGCCAGGUUUUCUGUCACUCGUGAAGCGGAAGGUCAAGUCACAAUUAGAAAUCCUAAACUGGAAGAUCAGCGAGUAUCUGCCUCGAACAUCAUUGCUGGAGCACCCUGAUGUUAUUAUCUGGAGCACCAUUGCUCCUCCUGUAGAUAGCAGGGAAAAUUCCGCUGACGCUGGCGCACAAACGCUUCACGAUAAAAUCAAUGCUCUUGUUGAGGCUUCAAAACUAGCCGGUACUGCCUUUAAUAGCUACAGUCGCAUGCUACAAAAGCUCGAAACUGUCUCACCGGGCGCCACCCGUACUAUUCGAAGGGCCACGGCCAGACGUGUGGCCCGGCAAUAG